UUAAAUCUACAAAUACGAAGACAAGUUUUUCCCAAGUGCGUAAACCCUAGAUUGGCCGCUGCUUUGUCUUUUUGGUUUGUCUCUUCAGUCCCCCGUCGUUUGUCCCCGCUCGGUUCUUGCCUCUUCGCUGUUCGUCUCCGUCUUUCUCGGUGGAGGAGGAAGUGAUUUCUCUCUCUCGAUCUAUCUCUGUAUCUGUCUUUCUCCGUUGAAUCGGACGGGCGAGAUUUGUAACUCCAUCUUUCACCUCGGGUUCUCUUCGUUAGGCCAAUUCGAACCGUUAAUUAGCCAAUGGGUCGGAAGAAGCCGAGUGCGCGGGUUGGGGAUGACGAACAAGUCCCGGCAGGAUCUAAAUCCAAGAAGAAAGCGCUUGUGAUCGACGAUGAUGAGUACUCCGUAGGUACGGAGUUGUCUGAGGAACCUAAGGUUGAGGAAGAGAAGGUUGUGAUCACAGGGAAGAAGAAGGGUAAGAAAGGUAAAAAGGGUGUGCAGCAAGAUGACGACGAGGACGACAGUGUUGCUGAUAAGUUGGCGGAUGAGGAAGAGGAGAUUGCUUUUGUAGGGAAGAAGAAGUCGAAAACUAAGAAAGGUGGGGGUGUUAGCUUUGCCAUGCUCGGUGAGGAUAAUGACCAGGACAAUGGUGAGGGAGAGGAUGAGCCUGCGAGUAAGAAACAGGCGUCGAAGAAGGGAAAAACGGGUGGUAAUUCAUUUAGUGUUUCAGCUUUUGAUGCCCUUGGUGGUGGUGAUGAUGAUGAUGGUAGUGAGGAUAAGGAGGAGGAGGUGCAUGGGGAUGAUGAUGAUGAUGAUGAUGAUGUUCCUGCAAUAGCAUUCUCUGGUAAGAAGAAGAAAUCCUCUAAAUCCUCCAAGAAGAGUGGCAGUUUGUUCAGUGCUGGAUUGCUUUCUGAGGAAGACCAUGUAGAGGCAUCAACUUCUAGAGAUGGUGGUGAUGCGGAGGAGGAGGAAGAUACAUCCGAAAUCAUGUUUUCUGGUAAGAAGAAAUCGUCAAAAAAGAAGGCCAGCAGCAGUGUUUUCGCUUCGUUGGGGGAUGAGUCGGAGUUCGGCAUGCAUGCUACGGACGGGGCAGAACAUGAGAAACAUGACACACAAACUGGUAAAGAUGAUUCGAAGGCCAACAAGAACGAGGAGGUUGUGGAAACUUCGAAGGGUAAGAAAAAGAAGAAGAAUAAGAGUGGUAGGACCGCACAAGAAGAAGAUGAUUUGGACAAGAUUCUUGCAGAACUUGGAGAAGGGUCUACUGUUCCGAAGCCUUCUGCACCACCUCCAGUAGAGGAUAAAGUUCAAGCUCAGCCCGAGCCGGCUGCACCUGCGGAGAAUGCUGGUGACAAUGGAGGAGAAGAAGAGACUGUUGAGUCUGCUGCAGCAAAGAAGAAGAAGAAGAAGAAGGAGAAAGAGAAGGAAAAGAAAGCAGCCGCUGCUGCCGCUGCUGUGGCAGCCCAUCUCGCCAAGGAGGAAAAACAGGAGGAAACAGUAACUGAACCGUUACAGGCCAAAAAGAAGGAUGCAAAGGGUAAAGCUGCCGAAAAAAAAAUCCCUAAACAUGUUAGGGAGAUGCAAGAGGCGCUUGCAAGGCGGCAGGAAGCUGAAGAGAGGAAGAAAAGGGAAGAAGAGGAGAGAUUGAGGAAAGAGGAAGAGGAACGUCGCAGGCAGGAGGAGCUCGAGAGGCAAGCUGAAGAAGCGAGGCGGAGGAAAAAGGAAAGGGAAAAGGAAAAACUAUUGAAAAAAAAGCAAGAGGGUAAGCUCCUUACAGCGAAACAAAAGAGUGAGGCUCUUCGGAGGGAGGCUUUUAAGAAUCAGCUAUUGGCUGCUGCUGGGGGCCUUCCUGUUGUUGACAAAGAGGCUCCUCCAACAAAGCGUCCCAUGUAUGGAAAUAAGAAAAAACCAGCUCGUCAAAAGUCAAACGAUGCUGCUUCCACUCAGACAGAAGAUGAUGUAGGAGAAAAGGAAAAACCCACAGAAGAACCUGAUGCAGCAGGCGAGUUGGAUUCAGCAGAAACUGAAAGGGUUGAGGAAAUCGAAUCAGCAGAUAUUGAAGAGAACCCGGGAGUUGCUGAUAUAGACCAGGUGAAUGGGGUUGAGGAAGAUGAUGACGAGGACGAGUGGGACGCAAAAAGUUGGGACGAUGUCAAUCUUAACAUCAAGGGUGAUUUUGAUGAUGAAGAAGUAGAUUCUGAAGCUCAGCCUGUCGUUAAGAAAGAAACAAAGAGCGCUGCACCAAAGGUUAAUGAUUCAGCUCCUCCUGCAGUAGCUGACAAGCAGGCAGCCAAGCCAGCGCUUCCAGCAAAGUCAACAGAAUCUGCUGCAAAGAAAUCUAUGCCGGAUCAAAAGUCUGGGUCCCAGAAGGGCAAAGCGUCCACAUCAGAAGAUGUUCAACAGGACAGUAAAGACCUUCGGUCUCCAAUUUGCUGCAUCAUGGGUCAUGUCGAUACUGGUAAAACAAAGCUAUUAGAUUGCAUCAGAGGAACUAAUGUCCAGGAAGGUGAGGCUGGAGGUAUUACUCAACAGAUUGGUGCCACAUACUUCCCUGCCGAGAACAUCCGUGAGAGAACAAAGGAACUGAAAGCUGAUGCCAAACUGCAGGUGCCAGGUCUAUUGGUUAUCGAUACACCUGGGCACGAGUCAUUCACAAAUCUGCGAUCUAGGGGUUCGGGUUUGUGUGACAUUGCAAUAUUGGUGGUUGACAUUAUGCAUGGUCUAGAGCCCCAAACCAUAGAAUCUCUGAAUCUUUUGAAGAUGAGGAAUACGGAGUUCAUUGUUGCCUUGAAUAAGGUGGAUAGGCUUUAUGGGUGGAAAACAUGCAAGAAUGCUCCUAUUGUGAAAGCAAUGAAGCAGCAAACGAGAGAUGUUGUUAAUGAAUUUAACAUGAGGCUUACUGGGGUUAUCACCCAGUUCAAGGAGCAAGGACUCAACACUGAAUUAUACUACAAAAAUAAAGAAAUGGGGCAAACUUUCAGUAUUGUACCUACAAGUGCUAUCAGUGGAGAAGGUAUCCCGGAUCUCUUGUUGUUGUUGAUUCAAUGGGCUCAGAAAACAAUGGUCGAGAAACUUACAUACAUUGAUGAAGUGCAGUGUACAGUCCUGGAGGUCAAAGUUGUGGAAGGCCAUGGUACAACGAUUGAUGUUGUGUUGGUCAAUGGCGUGCUCCACGAAGGUGAUCAAAUAGUUGUUUGCGGGUUACAGGGGCCAAUCGUCACAACAAUUAGAGCAUUAUUAACACCUCAUCCAAUGAAGGAACUACGAGUGAAGGGUACUUACUUGCAUCACAAAGAAAUAAAAGCUGCACAGGGUAUCAAGAUUACUGGGCAGGGCCUCGAACACGCUAUUGCUGGUACUGCCUUGUACGUUGUUGGACCCGACGAUGACCUGGAGGAUGUCAAAGCAUCAGCAAUGGAAGAUAUGAGGUCGGUUAUGAGCAGGAUUGACAAAAGUGGUGAAGGAGUUUAUGUGCAAGCAUCUACUUUAGGGUCUUUGGAAGCGUUGCUCGAAUUCUUGAAGACCCCGGAAGUGAAGAUACCCGUCAGUGGUAUUGGCAUAGGUCCUGUACACAAGAAGGAUAUCAUGAAGGCCAGUGUAAUGCUCGAGAGGAAAAAGGAAUUCGCUACCAUCUUGGCUUUUGACGUGAAAGUUACUACAGAAGCCCGAGAACUUGCGGAUGAGUUGGGAGUUAAAAUCUUCUGUGCCGAUAUUAUCUAUCAUUUGUUUGAUCAAUUUAAGGCUUAUAUCGAUAAUAUCAAGGAGGAGAAGAAGAAGGAAACUGCCGAUGAAGCAGUCUUCCCAUGUGUACUGCAGAUCUUGCCCAACUGUGUGUUCAACAAGAAAGAUCCCAUCGUCCUGGGAGUCGAUGUUGUUGAGGGUAUAGUUAAGGUUGGAACUCCCAUCUGCGUUCCGCAAAGGGAAUUUAUCAAUAUUGGACGGAUUGCAUCUAUUGAGAACAACCACAAACCCGUUGACUAUGCAAAGAAAGGCCAGAAGGUCGCUAUCAAGAUUGUUGCUUCGAACCCUGAAGAACAGAAAAUUUUUGGAAGGCAUUUCGACAUGGAAGAUGAGCUUGUCAGCCACAUUUCAAGGGCAUCCAUCGACAUACUGAAAGCUAACUACAGGGACGAACUAUCUAUGGAGGAGUGGAGGCUGGUCGUGAAACUGAAGAGCAUUUUCAAGAUACAAUAAGAUUCACCAGACAAGGCUGAUGAAGCUCUGCAUCUAGUGUUUUUUUUUCCUCCCUACGGGGAGACGGGUUUCGCUCGGGAUCUGCCAUAACCCCGAAACACGACGGAGACAGAGGAGUGAAGAGGUUGGAGGAACAGAACCAGGUCAUGUUUUGUUUUUGCUUUCUCCCCCUCUGAGAAAUGGUUUGAUCAUUGCUCCCUGGUUCGUUAGCGCUGUCUUAUAUAAUAUUUCCCCAAAUGCUCUCUGCGGCUAGUUGCAGUUGGAAACGAGGCUUCGUAUACAUUCUGAUAUUUGUUUUUUUUUUUAAAAAAAAAAUUAAAGUUUUGGUGGGAAAAGGGAAAACAAGAAUCGAAUAAAUCUCGGUGGGGGUUUUUUCUUUAACUCCUCUCA